UUUUGAAAGCGGAUCCGGAAGUUUCACAUGAGUUUGAAAUUUCUAAAAUAUUUCACAUUUUCACAAAUAUCUACCUCAGAUGGGCUGAGAGGACAACAAGAUAUACUUUAUUAGGUAGACUGGUGGUAGGACUUCAUAAAGAUAUAAACUGAGCUAUAUAACAACUGUUAUCCCUUGUCUAACCAUGGCAGAGGUACCAACGAUUGCACAAGAUGCCGUCAUGGUCUCUACAACUGGAAAGCUUCCUGUAGACCCAGUAGAAGUGAAAGGUUAUGACUUCAGUGAUCCAGAGGGAGUGGACUACCACAAACUGCUCAAUAUGUACAAAACCUCUGGAUUUCAAGCCACAAACUUUGGAAAUGCCGUCGAAGAAAUAAAUAAAAUGAUUGAAAAGAAGUUAGAGCCUUUACCACCGAAGGAGGAAGUCAAUGAGGAAAGCAUAAAUCUCAAUCCAGUUGGACGGGAAAAAUCAAACUGUACGAUAUUCCUUGGUUUCACAUCAAAUCUUAUUUCUUCUGGCACACGAGAAACAAUAAAAUAUUUAGUCAAAAAUAAUAUGGUGGAUUGCAUAGUGACAACAGCAGGGGGAGUCGAGGAAGACUUCAUCAAAUGUCUCGCACCAACUUUUUUAGGAGAUUUUGCGUUGCCAGGGAAACAGCUGAGAAUGAGUGGAAUCAACAGAAUUGGAAAUCUCUUAGUCCCAAAUGAUAAUUAUUGUAAAUUUGAGGACUGGAUUAUGCCCAUAUUAGAUAAGAUGUUAGAGGAACAAAAACAACAGGGUACAAUAUGGACUCCUUCAAGCAUGAUAGCCAGGCUUGGUAAAGAAAUUGAUAAUCCAGAUUCUGUUUAUUACUGGGCAUAUAAGAACAACAUUCCAGUGUUCAGUCCAGCUCUAACAGAUGGAUCUAUUGGAGAUAUGAUCUAUUUCCAUUCGUAUAAGAAUCCAGGUCUCAUACUUGACAUUGUAGAAGAUAUCCGCAGGAUGAACAGUCAAGCCGUGUAUGCUGAGAACACUGGUAUGAUAAUCCUUGGAGGAGGAGUUGUUAAGCACCACAUAUGUAAUGCUAAUCUCAUGAGAAAUGGUGCAAACUAUGCAGUAUUUGUGAAUGUUGCUAAUGAGUUUGAUGGCAGCGAUUCGGGGGCUCGGCCUGAUGAAGCCGUCUCUUGGGGAAAGAUCAAGAUGGAUGCGAAGCCAGUGAAGAUAUACGGCGAGGCAUCAAUGGUUUUCCCACUGCUGGUUGCAGAGACAUUUGCUAGGACUUUUAAACAAGAGAAAUAAUGACUUACUUUAGGUUGAGGGUUUUAUAUAACAGAUUCUACAAUGUGUAUUGUGUAUAAGAUACUCUACAAUGUGUAUUGUGUAUAAGAUACAUGUAUCGUACAGUGUACUGACGUGACGUGCACUGAUGAUGUAUAACUUUAUGAACUAAAACAUUGAUAAAACUUAUACAUACUGAACUAUGUUAAAAUUAGGUUAAAGGCAUAGCACACAUGUAGCUGCCUCAUUAAUAUAUUCAAAUUAUACAAGCUCUUGUGAAUAACACGAAAACAUGGUUAACCAAUAACUACACUGGACCUCCUCAAACAGUCGUUCUCGUGUUUUGCUAAAUACAUGUACAUGUACUGUAUAAAUAUGACCUUUCACCGACAUUCAAGUCAUUCUAGAUUCAAAGAACUAGGCAUGUAUUGAUUUUUAUAAAUAAUAUAAAACUAAAACUAAAAACUAACUAUUACAGAUACAGCUGACCAGAGGUUAGUUGCUUAUUAUUUAUGUUUAUUUUGAUAAAAUUAAAUGCAAUCAGAUAUUUUGACAAUUUAAUGAAAGAAGGGUUUGAUUGGUUGAUGUAGUUAUUA